UGUGUGUGUGUGUGUGACACUGCCACCGGACGGAUGUCUGGAGACGGUGCAAGAAAACGUGCCACACGGUGACACACACGCGCGCGCGCGCACGCAGCAGGCGGCCAGCGGCAGGGAUGUAAAAAGGUGGAUCGGAAAACAAUGUGUCUCGGCUCGUCGUCGUCAUGUUGCCGGGAGUUGUCUAUGCACUGCUGGCGGGUUUCCUCGGGGCCGUGGCGUCUUCGUCGGCCAAGCUGUCCCUGGGAGCCGACUACCUGAAGGGAGUCUGCGAAACCGGACUCCGGACGUGGGGCGAGCAGCGGAAAUUCAGACACGCGGACGAAACAACCGCCUGCGACCGGCUUCACAUCCCUCUGAGGCUGCUGUGUGGCGGGCUGCUUUUCACCUGCAACGCUGUGAUGUGGACCUUCCUCGCCAAAGCACUCAGGUACUCCUCGUCCUCCACCCAAACCACUGUGACCACCACCGCCUCCAACUUCAUAUCUUCCGCUUUUCUUGGCCAGCUGAUCUUUGGUGAAGCCCAGAUAACGUUGUGGUGGGUCGGGAUCUCCCUGACCUUCUCCGGCCUGUUGGUACUGCAGAGGGUUUCACCGCAGGAUGGGCAACAUGACGCAGUCGCCAAGGACGAAUAAUCUGUCCCGUCUCCACUAGAGUUCAGCCUGGCUGUGGAAUGAGGUGUGUUUUUUGUUGCUGUCUCCUCUGAUUUGAACAUCUAUAGCUGAAAUGAAGACUGUAAAAGGACAUUUCCAGUUCUAUAGUUACUCUUAAACCCAAUAACUAGUUAAAUUGAUUGAAUUGUUUCUUGAUUAACACUUAAAUUACAUCCUUCCUGAUGAAGAAAUGAUCCUUUAUUUGUAAUGUUACUAUUCAUCUGUGUGUUUGCAUGUAGGCAGACGAGCACUGUUCUCAAAUCAGAGGAGAUGUUGGUCGGUAGGACUGACACCGCUACGCUAGUGGAGACAAGCUAAUAGAUGCCCACACCCAGCAGUAAUCAUCAAAUCGUUUUGGACCACAAUGAUGCAAAAAUGAUACUAGCUUUACGUUUGAAGGGUUUUUCACUCCACAACUAAUGAGCUAAUAGAUGAAAAGGAUGGGAAACAAAUAUGUUAAAGGGAAGCAUUUGAAACUCUGGGAAAUACACUUAUUUGUGUUCCUUCUGAAAGUUCGACAAGAACAUUGACACCACGUUUAUGUCUGUGCAGUAUAUAUGAAGCUGGCCCCCACUGGUUAGCCUAGCUUAGCAUAACAAGUGAAACAUGGAAGUCUGGCUCUGUCUGAAGUUAAAAAACUGCUUGCCGGCAUAUUCAAAGCUCGCAAUUAAAUAUAAUUCCAGCAGCCAGUAAUCCAGGGCUUUGUGCUAAGCUAGGCUAAACUGACCAUCUUUUGGGUGUUGCUUCAUAUUUAAAGGACAGACAUCAGAGUCGCAUUCAUCUCCUUUUCUAACUCUGCAAGAAAGGAAAUAUGUGCGUUUCUCCAAAGCUAUACCUUUUAAAAGAGGAGACAGACACUUGUAUAUCUAAGUGGUUUUCUUCAUGGGCAGAGGGAACAUCACAUCAUGUACUUUGGUGUCCCCAUUACUCAAUCUGCGCAUUAAAUAUUGCAAUUGUCAGAUCACCAAAUCUUUCUUAUCCCUCACUGUAAAGGUUCUAUACUGACGUUGCAUCUUCUGCAUGCUCAAGGCGAAUAAUACUAAAUGAAGCACUUAGCUGACGAGGUGAACUCGUGCGCAUGUUCCCACUGAGGCCUAAUCUCAAAUUUCUCACACCAAAGCAUCCCGGAGUAUCACUCUGUUACAGAAUGACGUACCUGUGAGCUGCUUCGUGUUAUUAAACGCACAUCUUGUGAUUAAAACGGUCUUCUGAAUGCCCAAAAUCGAUCAUCAUUUGCAAUAACAUCUCACUUCUUUUAAAUCUCAUAACACUGUGAUGUGUGUAACAACAAAGGAGCUUGGACUAUGGAUAAUUGAGCAUAGGAAAUUUCAAUACAUGUUGCUAGGGGGACGUUUCUGGAAUCAAGCUAAGUAGGUAUACUUUAGCAUAGAGGGGUUUGUUGAACAGUUUUGUGAAAUCACACUUUGCAGUUGCUUGGAUACAUGUAAUAAUAUGAAUGCAUAGCGGUAACUAUUAUGCCCCGUCUGUAAUAUUCCACAGCAGCAAUGCACAAAUAUAUCAAAUGUCCUUCCAGCUGCUGCUGUGCAGGUUUUGUACCAUGUGAUUUAAAUGCAUCCCUCUUAAUGUGACUGCCGUGAGAAGGUGAUCGUGCAGCGCUCCUGUUAAAGGCCGGUGGUGGACGGCUGUUCCAAAGCAGGGCUGUAUGUAUAUAUAUAUAUAUAUACAGUAUAUAUAUGAAUUCAGCUGUCUGUGCCUCCCAGUCACAUUCUGGGAGUGUGGCAUUAACGUUUGGGGGAAAUUCUUGUCGAGUCCGAUGAGCAGAUUGCUGCUGCGCUCACGUCUGCCUGAUUAAUAUGAAACUAGAGAUCGGAGCCAGUUGCCAAAAACUGGGAAGAAAACGCUAGCCUGGCUUUGUCCAGAUUUACUAAAGAAUGCCAACCAGCACCUCUAAAUAACAUGUUUUUGUUCACAUAGUUUGUUAAAUAAAGUUUAAAAGCACUGUGAGGUUCGCCAGGCAACCAUCUGAUUAGCAAAUAUGUUCUAUCGUGAGCUUUAGAAGUGCUGCUAGGUUCUGUUUUCCUGCUGUCAGUAUGUGUGCUGACCCGAGCCCACUAGUGUAGUUUGGUUUAUACCUGAGUGAUCUGAGAGGUUUAAGCCAGACUAUAUCUGGGCUGGGGGUAGUUGCCAAGCAACGAGCAGAAAAUUAAAUAUCCUGACACAUAAACCCUGAUUUUAUGUAGAAUAUUUGGGGCAGACAACACGUGAAAUGUGAUAACGACAUAUAACGCGUUUAUUUGUGAGCUUUCAAGGUUCUUGUAAGCACGUGGUCCCCUGGGUACAGGCCUUAUGCUAAGCUAACACGCUGCUUUCUGUAGCUUCAUAUUGACUUGCAGACAUGGGAGUGGAAGGAAUCUUCUCAUCUGACUAAAUGUGAAGCGUAUUUCCCAAAACGUUAAACAGUUAACAUACGUUUAAGGUCCGUAUUGUAUUUGAUUGUGAAGGCCUUUGUAGGGGCCUGGUUUCCCUCCCUUUAACGGCAUGAUGAGGGCAAACCACCGACCUGUGAAGCCACUCUCACUGUAAUCUGACUGCAACUUUUCAGAGGAAAAAUGCAUAAAGCCACGUGGCCCUUGGACUGAUUUAUUUAUAUCUGUGAGCACAUAAGCUGUAGAUUUGAUCGUACAGAGAUUAGAAAACCACUAAAAUACAAUGUUGAUGCAAUAAAGCGCGUGUCACAUGGGCUCGUUCACGUGACUCACUAAAAGAGAGCAUUUUUCUGCACUUUUGAAUCCGCAAAGUUUUGACCUAUCACUUGGUUGCAUAUUGUAAAACAGACUUUGCAUCAGUCUGUUGGUAACCCUAAACGAGCUCACACCAGUCAUCACCUCAAUCUGAAGGCUGCUGCACCAGCAAGUUUAACAUUGGUAGACAUUUUUUACCACUAAUCCAGACGGUUCGAUUAGAAGCUGUAACUGUGUUUUUCUCUGAUACAAACUGUUCAUAAUGUGUCCUACACAUUUGUAAAAGUGUAAAUAUAUUCUGUUAAAAAGAGACACUUUAACCAAUCUGUAAAUUAGAGAAUUAUUAAAUAAACAUCUCAUCUGACAACAA